AUGGACACCAAAUCAACUGAUGCAUGCGAGGUUUGUUCAGAUGGAAUUUUUACUGGGUACACAGAAUCCCGAAUUUGUCAAAUUUUUAGUUAUGUUACAGCCUCCGGAAAAGAAGCAGAACAGCAGUGGUUAUGGAAGCAAGCUCUGAGCGUGAACAUGGAGGAUAUCAUCUACAUUCAUCUUCAUCAACGAGAUGAAUCCUCGCCAUCGUCACUCACCUUGGUGAACUGUGACGGGGUGCAGUGCCCUCCGCUACAGAUGUCCGCUGGUCAACACUCACUAGUCUUCCUCGCCACCUUGGAAUCUGUCACUUUUCCAGAGAAGUCAUUGCCACGCCUCCGCAAGCGCACGACAGCAGUCGGAAGCGGAGCGAUGCUCGACUACGUGUUUCGUAUCGUACGUGUUGGAGGAAACGACUUUCUGCCUACCUACAGGCAUGAAGACGAAGAAGACGCUCGGUCACCUCCGACUGUCGAGAGGUAA